CAAAUUAAUAUUUCGAAUAUUUGUAGGUGUAAAGAUGGUAUUCGUUUUUUGUGGUAAUGGUGUAAUUAAAUCGUAUAUGCAAACUAUUAUUAAUGCAACAGGAAGCAGUAUGUCAUCGAGCACUGCAAGUGUCAUUUUUGGAGUCGUCAAUUUCGUUGGUGCUCUAGCUUCCGGAGAAAUUGUUGAUCGUUUUGGCAGAAGACCCUUGCUCAUGGUCUCCAGUUUGUUGUGUUCUAUAAGCAUGUUAUCUCUAGGAUUAUACUUUUAUCUUCAAGACGCCACUUCUUAUAAUAUUGAUGCAAUUUCCUGGUUACCAGUUACCAGUUUGGUGCUUUUUCAAGUGUUCGUUGCGAUUGGGAUUCUUUCCAUACAUUACGUGAUCGCCUCAGAAUUGUAUCCGAUCAAUAUAAAGGCUGUCGCCGUGUCCUCAGUUACGUUGCUGGCACAAACCUUGGGCAUUGGUCUUCAAUUUGCUUUUCAGCCAUUGAGCGAAAUUGUGGGAGAGUAUACUUGCUUGUGGUUCUUCAGUUUUUGCUGCUUUCUAGGAUUCCUCUUUGGACUCUUCAUACUCCCGGAAACGAAAGGAAAAUCGUUUGACGAAAUUCAAAUGCUGCUCAAUCGACGAAAGGGCGAAAAAGUUGUUGAUAAUAAAAAUCAAGAAAAUGGAAAAUUCUAAUGAUGUAACUAUUAUAAACCGUCCAGUUGAAAAUAAAUUUUUAUUUUUCUC